AUCCUGCACUGGUCGGGUGCUCGGGGCUGUCUCUCUCUCUCUCUUUGACCAGAGCCUUAUGUAAGAGCUUUUCUCGGGAAACAGGAAGUCCUGCUUGCCAAGUUCAGCCCAGGGAGUAGUGCAGGCCUUAUUCCAACACACCCGGCCUGGCCCUAACCCCAGAACUUGGUCACUUUCUUGCUUCCGCGACCCUGGCUCUCCUCUCCAUCCGCCCCCUCCCCUCCUUUUGCACCUUUGGUCAUUCCCAGCCAACUCGCCCAGAGACCUCUCCAUAGCUCAGCCAGAGGGUCUCCCCCCGCUCACCCCUUGACCCCCAAGGCGGCCCAGCUUGUCCCUCCAUCCCUGCCCUUGGCACCAUGCCCCGGAGCCAGCCGACCUUCCCUCCCCCACUCCUGGGGCCCUCCCAGGGUUCCAGUGCUCUGCCUGCUUCCUGGGUGUCACUGGCAGUCCUGUCCUUCCUAGAGAGACUGUCACCAAAUUCUCCUGAGGCUGGGGAAGGGUGUGGGGGGGUGCAGGGGGGAGUCCCAAGACAGCACGGGCCCUGCAGUGGGGGGCCAGGAGCGCCAGUGCUGCCCCUCGCCGGCUUUCCUCCUCCUUCCUUUUUAUUCUUAAGUUCCUUUUUAUUUCUCCCUUGCGUAACACUCCUCUUCUUCCCUUCUGCACCCCCACCCUCCCCACCACCUCCUCGCCACCCCACUCCUGAGGCCACCGCUCUCUGCAGGGGCCCCAGCUCAUGCCAGCCUCAUCUCCUUCCUUGCCAGCCCCCAGAGGGCCCCCGGGAGACAUGGGGGGUCCGGCCCGGGAGCCGGCGCUCUCAGUCGCGCUCUGGUUGAGUUGGGGGGCGGCUUUAGGGGCUGUGGCCUGUGCCAUGGCCCUGCUGACCCAGCAAACAGAGCUGCAAAGUCUAAGGAGAGAGGUGACUCGGCUGCAGAGGCCGGGGGGGCCCUGCAAGGAGGAAGAAGGGCAUCCGUGGCGGAGCCUCCAGGAGCAGAGCCCUGAUGCCCCGGAAGCCUGGGAGAAUGGAAAGAGGUCCCGGAGAAAGAGAGCAGUGCUCACCCAUAAACAGAAGAAGAAGCACUCCGUUCUGCACCUCAUUCCCAUCAACAUCACCUCCAAGGAGGACUCUGAUGUGACAGAGGUGAUGUGGCAGCCAGCUCUUAAGCGUGGGAGAAGCCUGGAGCCGCAAGGAUACGUUGUUCGAGUCUGGGACACUGGAGUUUAUCUGCUGUAUAGCCAGGUCCUGUUCCACGAUGUGACUUUCACCAUGGGUCAGGUGGUGUCCCGGGAGGGCAGGGGAAGCCAGGAGACACUAUUCAGAUGUAUACGAAGUAUGCCUUCCAACCCGGACUGGGCCUACAAUAGUUGCUACAGUGCAGGUGUCUUCCACCUACACCAAGGGGAUAUUCUGAGUGUCACAAUCCCCCGGGGAAGGGCGAAGCUUAGCCUCUCUCCAUCUGGAACCUUCCUAGGCUUUGUGAAACUGUGAUUUUAAGGUGGUCUCCAGCUUGGAAGACUAGGGUGGGGACUUACUAGAGGCAGCCAAGAGCUAACACCAACAGAGGCCGUUUUCUGGGGUUCACUGGAACCCUGGGUUUGACAACUAAUGAAUAUCUGAGCCUCCCUUUUUCCAUUCCACCCCCAUCCCCUAGACUUUGAUGCAUGGAUAUUAAAGUAUAAUCUCUUGCUUUUGU